AUGGCCUCUGAGAACUACCACCAGAACCCCACUGCGGUCCGUCGGAGAAAGCAAGCGUUGGACUUCAUACUCAAGCAAUAUAGAGAAAACCCAUUUAAUCCCGAUGAUCCCUUCAUCCCACUUCUCGCUCUGACUUACUUCGAUCGCUUCUUCUCAAGGCUACUAAUGGAGGUUAAACGAGAACCAUCUCAUGCGUUUCUUAGUUUCAAUCUUGUGGACAUACCAUUGCAAGUAACAAUGUUAAUUGCAAUCAGCUGUCUUUCACUCGCUUGGAAAAUGAGGACAGUUAGAUUCAACUUGCGAGAAUUGCUGGAUAGCCUCAAUUUCCGCAAUCUUCCGGUGGUGGAAGUAAAGAAGAUGGAGCUUCGGAUUUUCUCCACACUGGACUGGCGAAUGCGUUCUACCACGGCCUUUUGCUUCAUUGAUUUCUUCGUUUCUUUGUUAAACAUUGACAAUGACUCUAAACAAGAUCUCAAAAGAAGGGUUCUAAAUAACGUUGUGAAGAAAAUGUACACUGUUAUCGAAUUUACGAAAUUCAGGCCAUCCAUAGUGGCAGCUUCGGCUCUUAUAGCUGAAUCCACAUCAUCUGGACCACGCAUUGACCUCAGACAGGCUUUUGCUCCAUAUGUUAACAUGGUUAAAUCUUAG